ACGUCUGCAAUCAAGUACUGUUUUUGAAUUACGUUAUGAUGGGAUAAAACCAGAAUAGAAUAAGAAACGUGUUUGAAGGGUUGUGUACACUGUCGUUUACUACAUUAUACCGGAUAUAAUAUAACAAUAUACUGUUAGAUUUUAAUAGGAAUUCCAUUAAUUUAAUUAUUUCAUAAAGUAAUUUAAUAAAUAUGAAUUGGUCUGUUUUUGUAUGUACACUAUCUGCUGUAAUUUUAACCAUAUCCGCAGAAACAUGUCAAAAACCAGAAGUUGUAGCAUCGGCAUAUGUAACAGAAGAUGCUACGGUUCUCACUAAUGUUGCUUUUACGACACAAUUUGUAUUGAAAUGCAGCAAUGGUGUGAAAGGAAUUCCAUUGUAUGCAGAAGUUGAAGGAAAAGCUUUACCUGCAGUGAGAUUAAGUGCAGAUAACAAAUAUCAGGUUUCAUGGACAGAAGAAAUCAAAAAUGCACGAUCGGGAGAUUACAGCGUUAAGCUUUAUGAUGAAGAAAAAUAUGCUGCCAUUCGUAAAGCUUAUAGAAAUGGAGAAGAUCCUAAUAUAGUAAAACCAUUAGCUGUAGUUGUACUCAAUAAUCCAGGUAUUUAUCUUGGACCAUGGAUCAAUUCUGAAUUUUUGGCAGCAUUUUUAGCUGCUCUCGUUUCAUAUGCUGCAUUCUCAGCUAAAUUUAAACUUCUUGCAUAGUAAAAGUAUAAUUUAUUAAAAAGUCUGAUUUCUGUAUAUGUUAUCAUUAAAUUGAAAUUUUAUAAGCCAUAAAUAUUUGAAUGCGUUUGCUACUUCUGUAUUUUGAAAAUAGGUAUGAAUUUUAAUCAGUUUAAAUAUAAUUAAAUGCAAAUAAAUUUUGCG